AUGAAAUUGCUCCACAUUGCCAUGGACGAGAGACAAAAGAUUUUACUGGCCAAUGGUGCGAACCAAUCGACAGCAGUGGAUGCAGAUGGCAACAAGUCUAUCACACAUGGAGGUAUCAGCACCGGCACAAUUGGCGCGGUGCCAAAUUUAGCCACAACCGUGAAACCUCCGUGGGAAAGAGUAACGACCCCCGCCAAUGUGCCUUAUUACAUGAUAGAGCUAAUGAAAUCGCUUGCAGAUUUGAACGAAGUUCGAUUUUCCGCCUACAGAACAGCACUCAAACUACGCACGGUGCAAAAAAGAUUAGCGUUCGAUCGUAUCGCGAUGAACGUGGCCAUAGAAACUUUCGAUCGUCACGCUUCGCGAGCACAAAACGAUAAGUUAAUUGAUAUACCGAAUAUGACAACAGUGCUGCAUUCGUUGUACAUAACCAUCGAACCAAUCAAAAUGCCUUUGAUGCUUGAUUUGGCUAUCGAUUGGAUUCUCAACGUCUAUGACUCGCAACGCACCGGUCAAAUUCGGGUUCUUAGUUUUAAGGUUGGCCUAAUACUCCUCAGCAAGGGUCACCUGGAGGAGAAGUAUCGAUAUUUGUUCCGCUUGAUUGCAGAUUUAGGCAAAAAGAUCGACCAACAACGUAAGCUUAUAUUGUUGUUGCAUGAUUGCAUCCAAGUACCGCAACAACUGGGUGAGGUGUCCAACAUUGAACCCUACGUGCGGUCGUGUUUCGAACGGGUGGGUACCAAUCAGAACGGGGAGCCGCUGGAAACAGCAAUCGAAGCACAGCAUUUCCUCAACUGGUUGCAGCACGAGCCGCAAAGUUUGGUGUGGCACCGUUUGGUAGCGGCAGAGGCGGCAAAACAUCAAGCCAAAUGUAACAUUUGCAAAGAGUAUCCGAUUGUGGGAUUCCGGUACCGUUGUUUGAUGUGUUUUAAUUUCUAUAUGUGUCAAAGAUGUUUCUUCCUCGGAUGCAAUGCCAAAAAUCACAAACUCUCACAUCCAAUGCACGAGUAUUGUACAAUGAAUUAUUUGAUGGUGUUUGCUAUACGAGUUAGGAAGUUUGCAAUAGUUUUGGAGAACCUCAACGAUGGCGAUUGCAUCCACAUCUUCAAAGAUGUGGAUGACACCUAG